AAAGAGAAUGUUAAAGGCGAAAAAGAGGAAAUUAAGGAUAAAAAUAAUGAUAAGAAAGAGAACGUUAAAGAUGAGGAGGAAAAAAUUAAGGAUGAAAAUAAAGAUAAGAAAGAGAACGUUAAGGAUGAGGAGGAAAAAAUUAAGGAUGAAAAUAAAGAUAAGAAAGAGAACGUCAAAGAUGAGAAGGAGAAAAUUAGGGAUGAAAAUAAGGACAAGAAAGAGGAUAUUAAUGAUGAAAUUAAGAAGAAAGAGGUUGUUAAUGAGGAUGUUAAAGACGAAAAUAAAGAAGACAAUAAAGAGGAUAAGAAAGAGGAAGAAAUCAUAAAUGAGGCAAAUAUAAAUGAUUUAAAUGAAGUAAUAAACGCUGAAGAAGAUAGCGAUAGUAUUACAGACGUAGAAUUAGAAAUUGAAAACGACAAGAUAAAACAUUUUAAAACUUUAGAAACAUUUACAAUCACACCACAAAUUGCCAAAAAAAUUAUUGUACAAUAG